AACUGCUAUAGCCACUCCUCUAAGAUUUCAUUAGUAUAACUCCAUCAGCUGUCUUGAAGAGUAUCAGCUUCAUUUUUGCAAGAAAAUGUUUUUUCUCACAAUUCUGCUGCUUUUCUGCUUUCAAGUCUUUCAGCAGAUUCAGAAUGCAACUGCAGAUGGAAGAGAGAUACUUUCCAACCCCAUUCUCACACCUGUUCAGGGCACUUUGGAAGUAGUGAUGAACCAGAACGUGAGCCUCUCCUGUCACUCAAAUUCUGGUUCUCCACCUGUCAAAUACACACUGUUCAAAUGCAAUCAGAAGAUAUCCACUUUAAAUAGGACAGACCUGAUGCCAGCUUUGUUCAACUUGACUAUCAGCUCUGCCAGUGAUGUGGGUGAAUACAAAUGCAAAGCUGAGGAUACAAUUGAUGGCAAAAAAUACAGCAGAAGCCUCAGUUUCACGCUUAAAGAGCCACUUUCCAAACCAGUGCUGAGCUCACUCACCUCUCAAGCAAAGAAAGGCCAAAAUGCAACCCUGUCUUGUCUCUCGGAGAAAGGGUCUCUUCCUAUCACAUAUACAUUCUUCAAAGGCAAACAGAGCAUAUCUCAACCAGUGAGGAUGCAGAAGAAGGAAGCAGCUGUUAUUUUUGUACUUAUCAAUUCCCAUAGUGACUUAGAAACCUAUAAAUGCAGAGCUGAAAGUAGCUUUCUCAAGAUGACAAAAUACAGCAACAGUUUCAACUUUACAUUAGCAGAGGAGAGUUGCGAUUCUCAACCUAGGAUCAUUUUUCUUGGGCUAAUCAUACCAGCAUUUGUGAUAGGAUUUGCUCUGGUAAUUCGAUUUUUCUUCAUUCCUUCAUGUAAAGCAGGAAAAUUUACAUCUACUGUGUCCUCAACUGGCCUUACUUCAACAGAUAAAGUAGAAGAGUCAGAAAAUUAUGUCAUAUACACAGAGAUUAAGCCGAUUCAAAAAGAGGAGUGUGCAAAUUUUUCUGUUAGUAGAAGAGAAGAUGAAAAAGAGAAGAGGGAAAGUCCUACAAUCUAUUCAAAGGUUGUCAUCAGAGAUGGAAUACAAGCUGGACCACUCCAUUCUCCAGAGUAGCAUCAGUUACCAAGACCAUGAAGAGAACACUCAUCUCAUCAUAUCUGCAAAGAAAAGAUCACACCUAUUACCACUUCUGAUGUAUGAAAAACAGAACAGACUAAGUACAAAUGACAACAAGCUGCAAAUAUUUUUUUUUGCUACAGUGCACCAAGUUGUGUGAAGACACUCAUUUUCUUACAGACAUUCACUGCUUUACUAAUUAUUUCUUUAAAUUAUUAGUUCAUUUGAGUACAUAAAGUAAACGUUAGUGUUCUAUUACAAGAGUAUAUUCUGUGGAAGCAGAGUAUUACUUUCUUCUGUUAUUUAAUAACCAGACGAUGUAGACUACUGCACGUGAACCAAUCAAUAUAGAUAUUUUUUUCUGGGGAAACAAAAUAUUAAUCAAUAUGCUCAAGAUCAUAUAUGAAGCCCUAACUGGCAUAUAGGUUUUUAUCUGCAUAAAUAACAUCGCAUAUACCAACAGUAAUCAUUCCAGACUUUAAGAACUUUUAAGUUCAAGACCAGACACUGUGUGCUAUCUGAAGCAGUACUUAAGAAUGCAACACAAGAGCCGUUCAAAAUGGUUUAAAACAGAACACAGCACAAAAAUGGGGAAGACAUGACAUGGUUUUGCAAGUUUACUCAUCUUAAGAAAUUUAUUUUCCUAGAAGAGUCUAUAAAAGGCAUCUCACAGUUCCAGAGUAACAAUAGAAAAGACGUGUGAAAGGCUAAUAAUUCAUACAAUUUUUAAAACAAACUGUCAUUUCUCUUUGCAAUAAAAUCUACUGAGUGAGUUUUAGUUUAGGA